AUUUAAUGACCAUGCUUAAUAGUGUGCAUGGGUUUUAGUUUGUCCUCCUGUGUGGCUGGGCAAUAUUUGCUCUUGAAGCGUGAGCUCUCGAGAAAACGGUUGGUUUAUAUCGCAAAGUUUGGGGAAAAUCGGCCUUUAGAAUUUUGCGAGCAAGAUUAUGAGGCUUCUGGGGUUUCAGAUCCAACGUCGACUACAUAGCACGAAACGUCUGCUGCAUUGAGAAUGGGUCUGGAGCUUCUGAUGCUAUUUUUACAUGCUAUGCAAGUCUCAGAUUUUCAAAACCGAGACAGUCCUAACAGAAGUCACUGAGAUUCUUUAUACCCGUCUCUUUUUGCAUGGUGAGGUACAACUUGCUAAUGCUUUCUGUAGCAUAGUUACCAAAAGCAAACGCUGAAAUAGACCACCACAGCCUUUCAGAGGAGCUGGUUGGCCAGGGCGUUUUGUAUUGUGCAAAGGUCCCUCUCGAAAGUUGCAUCACGCUUUUUCUGUUCCACGGUUAAAUGGAUUGCAGACUGUCGCAGGGCUCCCUGUAUGUGUUUGUUGACACUCUGCAAUGAAGAAGAUGAGGAAUCUCCCUUCUCCAGUGUUUGUUACACAAUGGAUGUCUGCUCAGGCCCUUUAAAAGUCCAGAGCCUUAGAAACCUCUUGGAAAAGACUUGUAUACGCAGUGGAUAGCAAUAAACCCCAACGUCCUCUCCACCCCUUCCACUUAAUAUUGCUGUUCAUAUUGAAUCCAUAUCGUGUUCUCUAAGUUUACAUAUUUAAUUUUCUCUUACAGUAGAAAACACUAUUUAUUGCAAUCGAAGCAUUAGUACCUCAUUUUGUUUUGUAAGUUAUAUUUUGUAAAUUAUAUAUUUUGUAAGUCUUUGAAAUUCAAAGGAAAAACAAAACCCCAGUAAGAUUGUGAAAACCACACCACCAGACAAAUGGAAUCCACUUCUUUGACAACUCUUGUGGCCACGACCCUGGCCCCUUUGGUUGAAGGCCCUCUGACAGCGUACCUCUGGCUGCUGAUCUUGGGCUUCAUCAUCGCCUUUAUCCUCGCGUUCUCCGUCGGUGCCAACGACGUGGCAAACUCAUUUGGCACGGCGGUGGGCUCGGGGGUCGUCACCCUGAGGCAGGCCUGCAUCCUGGCCACCGUGUUUGAGACGGUGGGUUCGGUGCUGCUGGGCGCUAAAGUGAGCGAGACCAUACGGAAGGGCAUCAUCGACGUUCAGAUGUACAACGGCUCGGAGCACUACCUGAUGGCUGGGUCUGUCAGCGCCAUGUUUGGUUCUGCCGUGUGGCAGUUAUUCGCUUCAUUUUUGAAGCUUCCGAUCUCUGGGACGCACUGCAUUGUGGGAGCAACUAUAGGCUUUUCCUUGGUAGCCAAGGGACAGGAAGGGGUCAAAUGGUUCGAGUUGCUUAAAAUCGUACUUUCCUGGUUCAUCUCCCCUCUCCUGUCUGGCAUCAUGUCUGCUGUUCUCUUCUUCCUCGUCCGUUUGUUCAUCCUGCGUAAGGAGGACCCUGUGCCCAAUGGGCUGAGAGCCCUCCCCGUUUUCUACGCUUGCACUAUUGGGAUCAACCUCUUCUCCAUCAUGUUCACAGGAGCCCCACUGCUCGGGUUCGACAAGCUUCCUACAUGGAGUAUCCUCUUGAUCACGCUGGGCUGCGGGGUCAUCACCGCCAUCGUUGUGUGGUUUGUGGUCUGCCCCCGGCUAAAGAAGAAGAUUGAGCGAGACAUCAAAUCCAGCCCUUCUGAGAGCCCUCUGAUGGAGAAGAAGAACAGUGACAUGCAUUCUAUUCUCCAAGCUGUCCCCGAAGAGCCCGGCAGGAUUCUGUCUGAGACCAAGAGCCCCACACCGGACCACACAUCCUUGCUGCUAAACACCCGGCCCCCAGCAGAGGAGCGCACCAUCUCCUUCAACAUCGGGGAUUCGGAGGACUGCGAUGAGAAGGAGGGCAGGGACACCACCGCUGAUCUCAAUGUGGUUCAGAACGGCGGGCAUGUGCAGUUCAGCAACGUCACCAGCCACAUCCCCAGCAACGGCUACAGCCAGUACCACACUGUGCACAAGGACUCCGGCCUCUACAAGGACCUCCUGCACAAGCUGCACCUGGCCAAGGUGGGCGACUGCAUGGGCGAGUCCGGGGACCGGCCCAUGAGGCGCAACAACAGCUACACCUCCUACACCAUGGCCAUCUGCGGGAUGCACAUGGACCUCUUCAAGCCGCGGGACGGCGAGGGGAAGAGCGGGGCCUCGGCCGAGGAGGGAGACAAGGACAAGGCGGCAACCCACAGCGCCGAGCACAGCAAGAAGAGGGUGCGCAUGGACAGCUACACCAGCUACUGCAACGCCGUGGCCGAAGCCAACGUGCCAGAGGGCCUGGAGGAGAGCGAGGUGAAGCUGGAGAUGGGCAUGGGCGACCGGAAGAGCAGUGAUGGCUCCCUGGAGGACUGCCUGGACAAGGACAAGCCUGCGGUCUCCCUGCUUUUCCAGUUCCUGCAGAUCCUCACCGCUUGCUUCGGCUCCUUUGCUCACGGAGGCAAUGACGUCAGCAAUGCCAUCGGGCCCCUGGUUGCUUUGUGGCUGGUGUAUGAGAGUGGCCAGGUGGCGUCCAACACCCCAACUCCCAUCUGGCUGCUGCUGUUUGGUGGCGUCGGGAUCUGUGCUGGCCUGUGGGUCUGGGGCAGGAGAGUCAUCCAGACGAUGGGCAAGGACCUCACCCCCAUCACUCCUUCUAGUGGUUUCAGCAUCGAGUUGGCGUCGGCUUUGACUGUGGUGAUUGCCUCAAACGUCGGUCUGCCAAUCAGCACAACACACUGCAAGGUGGGCUCUGUUGUUUCUGUUGGCUGGCUGCGCUCCAAGAAGGCCGUAGACUGGCGUCUCUUCCGCAACAUCUUCAUGGCCUGGUUCGUCACCGUGCCCAUCUCCGGUCUCAUCAGCGCCGCCAUCAUGGCCAUCUUCAAGUUCGUCAUCUUCCGCUCCUGAGCACUGCCAGGGCGCUCGCGCUGUGGCACUGGGGAGGUGGAGAUCAGAAUUUUAAUCAGUCAUGCUUUCUAAUGGCAGGGUUGGCACGGGACUGAGGUUUUUCAUAGGCGAUUAAUGCGGCUUCAGUCACUGAGAAAUUAGUUGCUCUGUAUUAAUGUGCUUUAACUCCUUAGGUGUAUGAAUAACCCACUCGAGAUGCUGUACAUUUUUGCCAAUCAGACAAAAAAAAAAAUAGCUCUACUUUGUAUUUUGUAAUUAUGUAUAUACAGUAACUUUUUUUUUAUACACAUACGAGUUAAGUGUCAGAAUUACACACAGUAUUAGGUUGUUUUUCUUUGAUUUCCCUAAGUGAGUACAUAGCAGUGAAGCUACUAAUGCCAUCCUCAGUGGGCGUCGCUGCCAUUUUAUUCAUGAGGAUGGCACAGGACUGCAGCAGGUACCUGAUCUACAUACAUCUGCCUUAAAACAAAGAACAGUGUUCAGAAGCGUACAGGUGUGGAUGGGUGUGCACAAGGUCUGGUGAUCAUAGUAGUUGUCUACGACAGCUGGUUCUAGUUGCCAUUCCAAAGCUUUAAAUCUCACAAGCAGAGAAGGGACUUAGUUUUGGGUGUUAGAAAACUCAUUGACUAUGGAUGCGCACAUGUUCUGGGGAUCUUUGGUUUAGAGUUGAUGUGGUUUUGGGUCUGAUGUUUGAGUUAGGUGCCACUGAAGCAGUCAAGUGCAGCUGCUGAGAUAGCUGGGUCUUGUGCAUGCUACCAUUCCCACACCGUUUUGGACUGCUUUAUAGCCAAGUCCUGUUAGUGUUUGUUUAAUCGGCAAGAAAAAAAGAUCACAUUAUAGAGUGGUGAAGUGUGAUCUUGGAAAUAGAAGAAACUUUUGAAAAGGUUUUUUUUUUCCAAAGGGGAUUUUUUAAACUUCAUUAUUUAGUGACAUUAUCAAAUGUGUAGCUGGUGCUUUGGGUUUUUUUUCCUUAAGGACCUUUUGUCUGCAGCCGUGCAAUAUAUCAAAAGGCUAUUACUGUUGUAAGCACCUGCUUCUAGUGAGUUUGUAAAGUUUGCAGUCUUUCAAUUCGAUGGCCUUAGGGUGACCUCAAAAUCUCAUCUUUUUAAUUUGAAGUUUUAUAUUCAAAAGGAGCAAAAUAAGACUAGCUGAUGCUUAAGACGUUGUCCUUGAAACCAAACAUCUACAAAGCGCACAAAUGGGUCCAGCAGACUGAUGAAACAGCUCUCGUUUCUUCUUGCCGUAGUCUAUAGACCACACCUGGGGGGGGGUCUUUUUCAGAACGAUGGUUGUUUUGCAUGCAGGUACCAAAGAGAAACAAGUGCUGCCAAUCUGUAUACACUUUCUUUAAGUCUUCCGAUGUGACUGGACAUAAGGAAAAAAUAAAGAUUUUUUUUUUAAACUCUA